UUUUCAGUCAGCUUCAAUAAUUAUCAUUAUAUGGAUAAUCUUUUCAUCUGUAAACCCAUCCAGCCUCCUACUACUCAGAUUUUUGAAGUAAAUCUCAAACUGCAUAUCAUUACAUAUGAUCAUUUCAAAAGGAUUACUCACACUGCUCUGUGCAGAAUAGUUUGUAGGGGAUUAGAGUGGAAGCAGGAAGAGGAGGAGGAGUCCAUUGCAAUAGUCCCGGCAGGGGAAGAUGAGCUGGAAUGUGGUGGUGGGAGUGAAAUGGUGACGAGUGGUGAAAUUUGGGUAUAUUUUCGAUGGAGAACUGACAAGACUUGCUGAUAGAUUGCAUACGGGAGGUGACGGAAAAUGAGGCAUACCAGGUUUUUGGCUCUAACAACUGGGCCUUUCAGGGAGAUGGGGAAGGCUCGGGGGAUGUUAAGUGGGCAGUUGAACCUGUGAGUCUGGAGUCCAGGGGCAGAGCCAGGGCUGCGAAUAUAGAUUUGGGAGUCAUUAGCACAUUGGUGGUAUUUAAAAUCUUGGGCCUGAGUGAGAUCAGCUAAGGAAAGAUGGAGGUGGAGAAGAUAAAGGGCCCAGGUCUAAGCCCUAGGACACUCUCUUUCUAGAGAUCAGGAGAGAAGUCAUCGUUCAGUCUGAGGGCUUUGGAAGUGAUGAACACUGUUCUCAAACAGCCCUGCACAUCCCUUAGGAUAUGAGUCUUUCUGAGAUAGGGGAGACAAAGCAGGAGUAAGUAGAGGGUUCUGCUCCCCUGGAUCCUUGCAUUGACCAAAAGGAACGUGUCUGUCACAUCGGCUGAGUAGCUGGGGCCUUCCUCUUUAACAGCCAUGCAUGCUACAUAUGAUGUUCUCUGGUUGUGGGUGGUAGAAGCUUGAGAUUCAGUGAGAGCUGACGCUCAAACAAUUGCCAAUCUCCGCCCUCCUCCUAGCUCCAAUCUCCUUUCAAAUCAGAGGCCUCACCACCUUCCUCAACUAAAAUGGAUAAGGGAGGACAUGGCCUGAGGGAGCCUGGGCACCAGUAUGGUCCCAUGGGAAGCGCCUCUCAGUCCCUUUCUGCUGUAAGGGAAGAACCAAACUCACGCCUACCUUGCCCUCACCUCAGGUGUUCCAGGGUGGUGAGACGAUCUCCACCCCCCAGCUUGCCUUCCCAGAGGCUCAGACUGACACCCCAGCGUUAUGGAGACAUCUUCUGGGAGAACCUUAGUCAAAGGCCCAGCCCCACCUGGAUAGAAGAACAGUACAUCCCACCCCUGCUGCCUGGCAUGUACCCCCCUGAGGGGCUCCCAUCCCCUGAGAUGCUUUGCAGAAGAAAGAGAAGGAGGCCACAUUUGGCAGGAAUGCAGCAGGGACCUGGGGGCAUCCCAGCCCGGGUAAGGGCUGUCACUUACCACCUAGAGGAUCUAAGGAGGCGACAAAGAAUCAUCAAUGAACUAAAGAAGGCCCAGUGGGGCAGCUCUGGGGUUGCAUCCGAGCCCCUGGUGCCUGAUGAGGCGGGCUGUGGAUUACCCAGCACCACAGAACACCCUGAUCGGGAAGAGGAGAGGGCAUCCUAUCCACGGGAAGAGGACCCCUUUCUCCCUCCCGGCAGGGACCAGCUGCUUUGGUCUCCCUGGAGUCCCCUGGGCCAGGAAGGAUCUUGUCUCUCCAGGCCGCUGAGUUCUCUGCCCCACUGCAGCUCUGUCACAGCCAGUAGGAACCCCCUUUCCAAUCUGUGGGGGAUGAAAUUGCAGUCUGAGGAGUAAGGAGAAAUCAUCCCUGUCCAACAUGCUAGUGCUGCCUCAGGGGUCCAAGCCUCCUUCUUGUGGCUGGAAUCGCCCCCAUUUCUGGCAUCAAGGCGUUUCCUUUUCCUUAGCCUCCCCCAACUUCCUCUCCCAUCGUCUGAACUAACAGCCCCUUUGGCCUCCCAGCUCAGUCUACACCUCACAGGAACUCGCCGAGGCCUGUUGCCACGCAGGCCCCGCUCCCCAGCACUGAGUUCUUGUCUCUGUUCUGUCAUUAAAAAGCAAACAAGUUGAGCCCAGAGUUGUCCUUCUCUCCGGAAGCAGUGAUGGAGGGGCUCCUGGGGAGGACCCGGCUACAGCGAAGUCGGGUUGGGUCCACAAAACUCACGGAGUCACGCCCCCGGCGAGAAAAGUCCUGACCCCCAGGCCAGCGUUGCUCGCCCAGCACUGGACAGCCACCCGCACCCCUUUCCCAGCCCGGGGAUCACGCCAGUCGGCCGAGCUUCCGCCUCGGGAGCCGGGAAUCCUGCCCCUCUGCACUGCUGCCCCUCGGGGACUUCCCGGCCGUCGGUCGCCUAGGCCAGCGCCCCACCCGGAGCCCCACGUGUGCUGCCCCCAGGUUCCCUUUCCGACCCCCUUCCC